AUGAUGGCCACAACCAAGAGCACCAACGCAGACAUGGAUAACAUGACAUUUUGCUUUGGCCAAGCACGCGAGGCUCAGUUCUACACGACGACAGCUGCCCUCGCCCAUUUCGCCCUCACACACCCCUCGACUGUCGCCGUGCGGGAUCUAUCCGCUCGAGUCACACGACAGCUGACAUAUGGUGAGCUUGCUCGGCAGGCACAAGCGCUUGCUUGGCACCUUCGAAGCCUCGGUGUGCAACCUGGGCAGAGGGUGCCUCUCGUGGUGAAGCGCAGCCAGGCCAUGAUAGUCGCCAUCUUUGCCGUACUGCUCUGCGGCGCGCAGUACGUCCCGCUGGACGGCGGUGUGGUGCCCGAUGCGACACUACGCCAUGUCUUCUGCGAGAGCGGCGGUAAAGUACUCGUGUGCGUCUCCGCGACGGAAGCGAGGGUAAGGGAGCUGCUUCCGGAUGCUCUCGCUGUCAAUGCAGAGGAGGAGUACGCUGCAGAGAGAACCACUGGGAAGCCGAAAGGCGUCGACGUUACACAGGCCAACGUAGCCAACCUUGUCUGUCAGGCUCCGGGAAACCUCGGUGUAAGUCCAGGUGUCCGCGUGGGCCAACUUCUUAACAUCAGCUUUGAUAUGGCUGCUUGGGAAAUCUUUACUUGCCUGUGCAACGGUGGCACUCUUGUCAUCCGAGGAUCAGACUGGGAGCCUACGAUGAGCCAGAUCGACAUCCUUAUCUGCACACCAAGCAUACUAGCCAAAUACCCCCCUCAAAAAUACCGCAACAUCAAGGUUGCCGCAACUGCCGGGGAGCCAACGACCCAGUCGCUGGCGGAUCUCUGGGCUGCGGAAGCGGAGUACUGGAACUGCUGCGGACCAACUGAGACAACGAUUGUCAACACUAUGAGCAGGCAUGCUACCGGUGACCCCAUCACCAUUGGGCGGCCAACGCCCAACAAUAACGUGUACAUCCUUGACGAGGCUAUGAGGCCGGUCGUCGGGCCCGGCGUGACGGGCAUUAUGUGGGCGGGGGGAUGCGGCGUGUCACGGGGUUACAUCGGGCUUGAACAGAAGACCAGGGAGUCGUAUCUCCCAGAUCCGUUUAUGAAUGAUGGAUCCCAAAUGUAUAGAACCGGCGAUCUCGGGCAGUGGGAUGUAUCUGGCAACAUUCUGAUCCUUGGCCGUUGUGACGAUCAAGUCAAAGUUAAGGGAUUCCGAGUCGAGUUGGACGGCGUUUCCUCUUCACUUCUUGCUUGCCCGGGGGUCUCCCAGGCCGUUGCUCUCUUCAUCGACGGGCAGAUUCACGCGUUUGUGUCGCCGUUGAACCAAGACGAGGGACGCAUCCUCGCCGCCGUCGCCGAGCGCCAGCCGUACUACGCCGUGCCGUCGGUCAUCCACCAGCUCGCCGCCUUCCCCGUCACGGCCAACGGCAAGACGGACAAGCGGGCCCUGCGCGCCGCGGCCGAGGCCGAGGAGAAGCAUAGACUUGAUAAGUUCACUAUGCUGGAGAAGGACGCGACGAUGAGUGAAAAGGGCACGCUGGUCGAGACGCGCUCCGUGUCGUCGGCCACGACGGCCUGCGCAUCAGACAGCGGAGCCUUGUCCGUCGUCCUGGACGGCGACGUGCCGGAGAAGAAGCUGCCGAAGCCCUGGCGCGGGCUUGCCUACCGCAUCUUCAUCAUCUAUCGGACGCUGUUCUCCUUUGUGGUGCUCCUCAACGCCGGCACGCUGGCGGCGCUGCUUGUGCUGAAGGCGGACGUGCAGCUGCUCAAGCUCGUCGUUGCUGCCAACCUUGCCCUCACAGUCCUCGUCCGCCAAGACGUCGUCAUCAACGUGCUAUACACCAUCUGCUGCUCGGUGCCAAAGACGGCGCCGCUCUGGAUCAGGCGCCGGUGCGCCAAGAUUUACCACCUUGGCGGCGUCCACUCGGCCGCCGGUGUGUGCUCAACGGCCUGGCUGCUCGGCAGCAAUAUUUCUUCAACUGUCUCCUACGCACAAAGGAAGGAAGGGAGCAUUGACUCUCUCGCAUCCAUUGUUGUGUCGUGGAUGGUCUGCGCGCUGUGCUGCGCCAUGAUUGGCUUUGCGUACCCGACAUUUCGCAAGAAGUACCACAACACCUUUGAGCAGAUGCACAGGUUUAUGGGAUGGACUGCUCUUCUUCUUUUCUGGAUCAAGACCGUCCUCAACACCAGGGACGCGGCGCUGCCAGGCGAGGACCUGGGCUUGCUGUUGGUUCGCAGCCCUGCAUUUUGGCUGUUGGUCGUUGCCACGUGCAGCAUCGCGUCAUCGUGGAUGUUCCUCCGCAAGGUGCCCGUCGAGACGGUGCCGCUCUCCGAACACGCAGCGGUGCUCUCCUUUACCUACACAGUGCCCGUAAACGGCACCUUCACGCGCCUCUCCACGCGGCCACUGCUCGAGUGGCAUUCCUUUGCAACCAUCCCGCAGCCGGAGCCUAACGCGCUCGCCAGCCAGCGCGGCUACUCCCUGGUCGUGUCCAACGCGGGCGACUGGACCAAGUCGUGCGUUCAGGGCGCCCCGCGGUCAUUGUGGGUGCGCGGGCUCCCGACGUGCGGCGUUAUGCGCAUCGCGACGCUCUUUGAGCGCGUCGUUGUCGUUGCGACGGGGUCCGGCAUCGGUCCGCUGCUCGGCCACAUCCAGAGCCCGUCCUGCGCGACGCAGCUCAUAUGGUCAACCAAGAACCCGGAGAAGACGUUUGGCAAGGCGGUGCUCGACACCAUCUACCGAACGAUUCCGGACGCGGUGAUCCACGACACGGCGACGAAGGGCCGGCCGGACCUGGUCAAGAUGGCGUACAAUUUGGCGUCCUCGUUUCGCGCGGAGGCGGUAAUCGUCAUCGCCAACGAGAAAAUUACGAAAAAGUUGGUGUACGGGCUGGAGACGAGGGGAGUACCAGCCUAUGGCGCGAUUUGGGACAGUUAG